GUGAAGCAGAAAUCCACGAAUUCACUUUUUAGCAAAGCACAAAAGCAGCACGGGAGAAAUUGAUUACAAAAAUUCAGUUGCAAAUAAUUUCGGAUAUAAUAAAAGACAUAAAAUACAGUGCUUUUUAUUUUAGUGCCGUGUUUCACUCGAAUUGCUAUUGCAUUUUAUGAAUAUUGUAUUUUUCAAGAGGGGAUCAACCACGCUGUAAAAUUUAACUAAUAGUAAGACGUGUUAUUUAACAAAACAUCAACAAAAUGGCUCGCGGACAUCAAAAAAUUCAAUCGCAAGCCAAGGCUCAAGAAAAACAAGCCAAAAUGAAGAAGCAGCAAGGCCACAGUGCCACUGAUCAGAAGAAGGCAGCACAAAAGGCGCUCGUUCAUGUAUGCGCGGUUUGCAAGUCGCAAAUGCCCGAUCCAAAAACGUACAAACAACACUUUGAGAAUAAACAUCCCAAAAAUGAGAUGCCGCUAGAUUUGAAGGAUGUAUAAGCGGAGUUGUGUUAACACUAUUGUCAGCGCUUCAGUUAUUCACAUUGACAUUGCCAAAAUCAUGAUAAAAAGUUUGAAUACACUAGUAGGAAUAUCAUGGAGUUACAUGAUCUACCCCGGCGAUGACGAAACUGAACUUUUUUUUAUUUAUUAAACAGUGAUUUUUUGGUAUACAAAAUUAGUGAAAUAUUUUUCUUUGCUACUUGAAAACAAACUAAUAAAAUGCACCCAAAAUUAAACAAAAAGAAAAAAAAAAAUAAUGCAUAAAUUUUGUAAUAGCACAUGUGUACAUACAUGCAUACGUGAAGUGGUUUGUUACUGCCGCGCUGCUGCUUUGCUUCCGAUGUCUUUAAACGCAAAAGAAAAAAACAAUAAAAACAAUUGCAAUUGAUUGCAGCUUUUUUAUAAUAA